AUGGUGUCAGAAGUUACUGCACUGCCUGUCAACGCCUGAGGGGAACCGUUCCCGCGAAGAACGCGUUAUGGACCUGCUGAAGGCACCACAGCCAUUGCGGCUGACGGGUAACGUCACGGAAAACUGGAAGCGUUUCAAGCAGAAAUUUGAGUUAUUUCUGCAGGCAACGGCGGCAAAGGACCAGGCGAAAACGGAAGCAUCGAAGGCCGCCCUCCUGCUGAGCAUGGCGGGUGACGACGCGCUGGAUGUCUUCAACAACUUCCAGUUCGCGCUGGAUGAAGACAAGACCGACUACAGUACAGUGUACAUUCCCGGGAAACAGCUGGUUCUCGCUGACAUGUUGUCACGCUCAACGGCUGACCAGGGCAAAGAUCAAGUUGGCACCACUUCUGGUACCACCGAUGACGUGGAGAUCCAUGCGGUGCAGUCCUUGUGCUACAUGGUCACUUCCGAAACGCAGCGGCUACUGCAGCAAGAAACGUCUCGUGACGUAUACUUACAGGCCGUGAGGAAGAGCUUAACAAGCGGACAGCCGGUGACCGGGGAACUCAAGCCUUUUGCGAAAGAGCUGUCAGUCGUUAAUGGAAUAGUGUUGAAGGGCUCGAAAGUUGUAAUACCGAAGAGUAUGCGACAAAGCAUCCUGAACAGAAUACAUGCUGGCCACCUCGGGCUGCAAAAUAGCAAAGAGAGGGCCCGAACUCUUGUAUUUUGGCCCGGUCUGAACGGUGAAAUAGCUGCCCUAGUAGAAAGCUGCGCAACCUGCCGAAAGUACGCGUACAGGCAACCACAUGAACCACUUUUAAUGUGGCCAGUGCCAAAAUGUGCUUGGUAUAGGGUCGGCGUAGAUAUCUUUUCUUAUGCUGGAAAUUCGUACGUAGUUGCUUACGACGCAUUUUCAAAUUUCCCUGAGGUUGAGAAACUUGACGACACAACGGCAGCAACUAAGAUCGCAGCCCUUAGCGUCAUGUUCGCCAGGUACGGCGUACCUGUAGAAGUUUGCACGGAUAACGGACCCCAGUUUUCAAGCCAUGAAUUUGCCAGAUUUGCCGAAGCAUACGAUUUUAAGCAUGUAACCUCCAGCCCCCGUUAUCCGCAGUCGAACGGCUUGGCUGAGAAAGGUGUCCAAAUCGUAAAGCGCAUCCUGAAAAAGACUCGAGAGGCGAGGGAGGACUUCUGGCUGGGUUCACUAGCCUAUCGCUCAACACCACUGGAAGAUGGGCAUUCUCCGGGUGAGCUCCUGCAAAGAAGGCGACUUCGUUCUAACCUUCCUGACUUCGGUAUGGUGUCCCGGACCCCUGUGAGGAAGCGCCACCAAGCCAAGGCCGGGAGGCCUUUGCCAAUACUGCACAGAGACACGAAGGUGAGGCUUCAGGAUGCGACUGCGUGGUCCCCAAAAGCGAAGGUCGUUGGUGAAACUGCUCCACGUUCCUAUUUGGUACGAACGCAAGAUCGACGUGUUCUGUGGCGCAACCGCCGACAGCUACUUAGGACGGGUGAACCGUAUAGCAGUGAAAGUGAUGACGACUGCGAGGAGAUUCCACCAUGCGAAAGUUCUGGCGCGACAAUUGCCGCGCUACGACAGGUCUUCGCCGCCCAGGGGUUGCCGGACGUCAUCGUGUCCGACAAUGGUGCUGCUUUCGCCAGCACAGAGUACCUGGCCUGGCUGACAAAGAACGCAAUCCGCCGGAUGAUGGUUCCCCCAUACCACCCUGUUCAAACAUACUGGACCACGCCCCCCGAUGUCACUGGCCGUGCCCGUUGUGAGCUCCUGCUGGGUCGGAUGUUCAAGACACCCUUGGACGUCCUGCAUCCGGAUUUACGAUCUACAGUGCUGCUGAAGCAACUGAAGCAGAAGCUGGCUGUUGACCGAGGGUGUCAUUCCCGGCCUUUGCCGGAGUUGGGAGCUCCAGUUAUCGCCAGGAAUUUCCGCCCUGACCCACCCUGGUCCACCGGACAGGUGGUGUCUCCUUCGAGCGCCUCAUCGCUGCUCGUGCGCAUGCCAGACGGGGCCAUGUGGCACAGACACGCCGACCAUUUUAGGCCUCGCCUCGGGACCUGGCGAGAACCCGCGACUGCCACUUCCAAGUUCCAGGCCGCAGGAGGACUAGCGGCAGCACCAGUCGCUUCCAGCGGAGCACCGCCCACCUAG